CGAAAAUGGUUAUCGGAUGAUUCUCUAUUAUUUUUGAGCUGAAUUUGUUAUUAUUUUUUUAAGCCGGUUUAUAAACAAAAGAUGCGAUUUCUAUACGCCUGCUUUGUGAUCGUGCUGUGUGCUUUGAUCUUCUGUGAAUACGUGGCGGACUUUGUGGUGCUGCAGAAGUGCAAGUGGCCGGAGAUUAAGCGCAAGAAGUAUGUGGACGAUCCGCUAAGAGCGAUGAUACUGGCGGAUCCCCAUCUCCUGGGACCGCAUCGUGGGCACUGGCUGGACAAGCUGUACCGGGAGUGGCACAUGACACGCGCCUUCCAGGCGGCAUCCCGGUUGUUUCAACCGGAUGUGGUCUUCGUCCUGGGGGACUUGUUUGAUGAGGGCGACAUGGUGAGCGACAAACAGUUCCAGGAGUAUGUGUGGCGCUACCUAAAGAUGUUCCACUUACCGCCGGGUAUUCCGCUCAUCAGCGUCGCCGGAAACCACGACGUGGGCUUCCACUACAAGAUGCAUCCAUUCUUUAUGUCGCGUUUCGAGAGCUAUCUAAAUAACUCCUCGGUGAACCUGUACACCAUCAAACAGAUCCAUUUCGUGGUAAUAAACUCAAUGGCAAUGGAGGCUGAUGGCUGCAUGUUUUGCACCCAGGCCGAGGAUGAGCUAAAGAAUAUCUCGCGGACACUGCACUGCAUGAAGUAUCCACUGGAGGCGGAGUGCGCCCGGACCAGGCGGCAUCCUUAUAGCCAGCCGAUCCUACUGCAGCACUUCCCCACAUACCGAAUUUCAGAUACCAUGUGCGAGGAGCACGAUGCUCCUUACAUCGAGACUUUUCGCGAACGUUUUCACGUGCUCUCCAAGGAUGCCACGGAUAAGCUGGGAAAACUACUAAAGCCUAGAUUGGCGUUUGCGGGCCAUUCACAUCACUUUUGCCACAGCGUCAAUCGGCUGGGCAUUGAUGAGUAUACGGUGGCCUCUUUUAGCUGGCGGAACAAAGUCAAUCCCAGCUUUAUGCUGGCCACCAUCACUCCCGACGACUAUGUUGUUUCCAAGUGCAAAAUGCUGCCGCAGCAAUUUGUAUUUAACAGCUACCUGAGUGCUGGUAUGCUCUGCCUAAUUGUCAUCGCAUUCCAACUGCGCAAGUGCAUCCAAAGCAGAAGACAGUCCUCAGCCGCUGAUCAUCGGAAGGUCAAUUAGUUGUAUGUACGAGCGAGCCUUUACAAGGCGCAUCCUCUUUUGUGAUUUACGCCUGAUUGGGGCUUAGUUUAGACUAGAUACAGCUACAUUCCAGACUCAGAUCCCAGAUCCAAACAGUGGUCAUAUCAUUCCUGCUGCUUUGCAAUUGCUUAACUAUAUUCUAGGUGUAAACAAUUCGGACAGUGUGUAUGAUUUAUUUAUUGAAUUUAUCACAGACAUUAUGCUUGUAAAGUCACACGGAAUUCAUAAUGAGACACAGUCUGCUGACUACAAAACGAAAAUGCCAAAGAAUAAUGCUUGAACAUAAGCUGGAAAGUGAAGAACAGAUACGAACAAACCAAUUAAAUAAAGCUAUAUUAUAAUACAAUAA